ACAUUUUCACACCUAAGUGAACAGAUUGCCAUCUGUGCAAGGAUCUUCAUCUGUUAACAAGUCACCGUGGCAAUGGCUGAAUGCCAGAACACAACCAAAGCAGAAUCUAACUUCAAUUCUUAUUAUAAUGCUGCAGAGGAUGCAUAUAGACUCAGGAAAGCCAUGAAGGGAUGUGGUACAGAUGAGGAUGCCAUCAUCGAUAUCCUGACCAGCAGAAACUUGUGCCAGCGCCUUGAAAUUGCAAAAACCUAUAAAACUACUUUUGGCCGGGACUUGAUUGAUGAUCUCAAGUGUGAGCUGUGCGGAGACUUUAGGAGAGUGAUUAUUGCAAUGAUGAUGCCUACAGCAGUGUAUGAUGCACAAGAACUGAGAAGGGCUAUGAAGGGCUUAGGAACAGAUGAGUGCUGCCUGAUUGAAAUUCUGGCUUCACGUUCUAAUGAAGAAAUCCAGUGCAUUAAUGAAAGCUACAGAUGUUUAUAUGGACGUAGCCUUGAAAGAGACGUCAUAUCUGAUACAUCUGGCAUGUUCCGAAGGGUGCUGGUGUCUCUACUAACUGGAAACAGAGACAUAGGAUGUGAAGUGGAUGACUUCCUUGCUGAGCAAGAUGCCCAGUGCCUCUACCAUGCCGGGGAGAAGAAGUUUGGAACCGAUGAGGAACAAUUCCUAUCUAUCCUCUGUACAAGGAACAGAACUCACCUAAUAAGAGUCUUUGAUGAAUACCAAAGGGUCACAGAUAAGGAUAUCAUAGACAGCAUUAAAUCUGAGAUGUCAGGUGAUCUUGAAAAUGUCUUUGUAGCUGUGGUGAAAUGUGUAAGAAAUACACCUGCGUAUUUUGCAGAAAGAUUAUAUAAAUCCAUGAAGGGUUUGGGGACCGAUGAUGACACGCUGAUUCGAGUGAUGGUGUCCCGCUGUGAAAUUGAUAUGUUGUCCAUCAGGCAUGAAUUCAAGUGUAUGUAUGGGAAAUCUCUCUACUCCUUCAUCAAGGGAGAUACUUCAGGACACUACAGGAAAGUCCUCCUCUGUCUUUGUGGUGGGGAAGACUAAACUAUGCACAGCUUGUGGCUGUGGCUGAGAAACAGCUCACGAGAGGAUCUCUCUCUCUCUCUUCCGCCCCCCCGCUUCAAAUAGCUUCAGACCUGCUCUGCAUGCAUAUAUUGUACUGGUAUAACUAGAACCGUUUCUAGAUUGAGGUUUUGAACAAAUCAUUUAGGCUCUGGGUUUCUGCCCUGAAAUGGUAGAUCUGGUUGGCUGUUGGCUUUCCUGUCUUGCAAGCACUAUGAAACUCUGUUGCUCUACAAGAGGAAAUGUACUGACUAUUGCUGCCAAACAGGAGCAUUCUGGCUUUUCUUGUUUAAAGAAAAAAAGAAGCAUAAACUUGCUGUCUGCUACUCAGUUUGUCAGUGUAAUAAUUUCUCUAUUUUUAUUUAUGAAAGAUGUGUUCACUCAGCAAUGCAAGAGAAGCACAUCCCCAUGUUCUAUAUAUCCUUACCUUGUUGUUUUCCUCCCCCUUCCCCUACCUCUGCAUUACCUUUCUCCACUGUAUGGCCCUAAUUUUAAGCAAUUCCAAUAGGCUAAAAAUUCACCUGACCUUUUUAUAGAGAGGAAAGGAAAGAAACAAUGCAGCCAGUACUGUACAAAACUGAAAUGAAGAAUGGAUGUAAUAAGCGAUCUAGAAUCUUGCAACAGCUUGAGAGAUGGGGAAG